UGCAGACUUGAACACACGCUUUUGGUCCAGCCAUGGCAACAUCUUGGAACAAUAUCGGAGCUCCUUUGCUGCCAAGGGCUGAUUGGCAAAAUGCCCCAGGACAGGAAGCGGCGAGCGAACCUCCAUCCGUCGUACCGCAGGAUUCAGACAACAGUUCAGAAGAUGCAGGCAGCGGAGUUCAGGAUGCAGCUGAGCGAGCUCGAAUGAUGGGGUGUCAAUGUGCAUGUGCCAUUGUACUCUGGCUGGCGUGCCUGGGAGCCAUCAUGAUGAUUUUGCGCGAAGCUGCUCAAGGGGUGACCAAAAGCUUCUAUUGCAGCACUGAUGGUCAAAAGGAAGACCUCGCAUCGCCCGCGCCGCUGCAAUGUGCCAUCCCAUUGGCAUCAGCGGCUACACUGUGCAACAUGACAGUGGUUGGCGGUCUAUUGGUUGUGGGACGUUUUGCGUGGCAAGCGGGAAGAAUCAUGCAAGAUGGUCCUGUUCCUUUGAUCCAACUGCAGCAACAUCGUUCGCGAUUACAAUCGGAUCUCAGCAUUUGGCAAAAGUUCAGUGCCAAGGUGCUCAUUGUUGCCGGCUUGACUUAUCUUGUCGCUGGUGCUCCAUGUGCGGGCGUUGCCAAGCUGGCGUUGAUGUUUCUCGCCACCGGCUUCAUCACGCUCUAUGCGACAGCCCUGUUCUUUGAUCACGAUUUUGAUCAGGUGCGGAUGUCCCCACGGCUUCUCAGAUUCCUGCUUGUCUACGUGCUGGUUGGUCUUACCUUCACGGCCUUGGCUUCGGGAGCCACUGAACGAGUGAUUCAACGUGCGUCAUCAGAUGGCCCGGGAAGCCAUGGUGAAGAGGUUGGUGGCCUCGGGGCAAGCAUCAUUGGUCCCGAGGACUCGAGCCACUUCGCGGAUGUUUGUACGUCCUUAGGACGGCAAGAAGUGGCACCGGCAACGUGCACUGUUCCUUUCGACUUUGUUUCCGGAGUUUCGCUAUGGUGGGCGGCUUCACCGGUGUUUGCAGUGCUGCUGCCUGCAAGGACAACCGAUGAGCCCACUGGAGGUUCGUGCCGUCAGUUUCUUCAAAGAUGGCGCAAGCACAUUGAUUUCAUCAUUCUGUUUGUCACCGCUGCUUUGCUGUUCCUUCUUCGGAAGGGUUGCGCAUCGGUGGCGCCGAUUGCCUUUGGCAACGCAGAGCUUGGAGCCUGGGGCGUCAGUUUGCUAGCCUUACUUCGCCGAGUAUCUCCACUCACAUGCGAUGGGUGGCGUGGUCCGUUGUCUCAUUUGCUUCAUCCGCCGGGGCGCAUCUUCAGCCCAUCGCAGUGCCCGGUAUGCUUGCAGGAGCUUCUGCUAAGGGAAGACUUGUGUCGAACUCCGUGCGGCCAUGACUUUCACCGAGAUUGUUUGGAGGAAUGGGUACUUUCCCGAAGAUACACUUCACCAGGAUGUCCAAUUUGCCGAGAGUCUCUUUUGCUGCCAGAGAGCUCUGAUCCAUCGCGCCUUCUGCUUGCGGACUGCCUCAUGUAGGAAAGUGGCUAGACAGGGACAUGGUGCGUACUCUGCAAGCAGCGCGCAGAGGAACUUGCUGGGCCUUUGGUUCGCGCAUUUGAGGCACUCUAGAAGCACAGGCUGGAAAGAGGUGCUUUUAUUGCUAGAUGUAUGUAAAGAUAGAGUUGCCAUUCUGCAAAGUUGCCCAGUCAGUUUGCAUUCGACAACUGAUGUCAAAGGCCGGCAAUGCGUUGCGCAGUUUCUCAAGGGUUUUUGUGGCGGACUUGAGUUGUUCCAGCGCGUUUCGCAAGUCGCGCGUCGCGCUUUAAGUUUGCUGCAAUGCUCAGCAAAUACAUCUUGCAAGUACUCUUGUUGCACUGCAACUGUGAAGUGCGGAAACAGCUGGGAAGGCGAUCUUCCAAGCACAACUGUUUAAGUGUUAAGAACACGUGCCGCAUGGUGACUCGGCAA